CGUGCACAACCCUGGGGCCAUUCAGCGUCGUCCGUCUCACCGUUACCAACUUCCGUGGAUCAGCAACAAUGCGCAUGAGCGGUCCGGUACAGGACACGUCGCGGCUGGUCGAUCGUUUCUUAAAUGAUCAUAUCGCUUCGCAAGAUGCCCUCGGUCGCCGGUAGUUGGUUGCGAUGCUGCACCAAAUCCAUUUGUUCCGUCCUUUCCCCACUCUCGAUGGGACGACGAGAAGAUGUAACGCAAGCAGGAGGCCAUCUGCUGCCACGGCCUUUUCGCAUUCCCCACGAGCAGAGCUUCCUUCCAGAACUCGAAGGAUCAUGGAAAGGAUUUCUUCAAGUAAUGAAGUUGGUGGUGCUGGAGGGGCUUACUCCUAUGAUGCUUUGAAGAGAUUAGAUCUAGUAUGGUCUAAUAUCUGUUCAGAAUCACUAGAAGCAGAAAAAGUUCCUGAAGUUGUUUCCCGAGUUCCUGGUUCAUCUAAGAUAUCAGAACUGGAGGAAAAAGCGGGAUGUUCCUUUGAUGUUUUAGUCUGUGGUGGUACACUAGGGAUAUUUAUUGCUACAGCACUUGUUACCAGAGGUCUCCAUGUUGCAAUAAUUGAGAGAAACCUGAUCAAAGGGAGAGAACAGGAGUGGAAUAUUUCAAGAAAAGAGCUCCUAGAACUUGUAGAAGUUGGCAUUCUCACAAAAGAAGAAAUUGAACAUAUUAUUACUGUCAAAUUUAAUCCAAACAGAUGUGGUUUCGAGAAGAAAGGUGACAUUUGGGUUGAGGAUAUUCUUAAUCUUGGAGUUUCGCCAGCUAAUCUUGUGGAGACUGUGAAGAGACGCUUUAUUUCCUUAGGUGGAAAAGUUUUUGAAGCCAAAGUUGUCUCUAGCAUACACAUCUAUGAUGAUGCUGCCAUUGUGCAACUGACAAAUGGUGAAAUUUUGUCAUCUCAUCUUAUUAUUGAUUCAAUGGGCAAUUUUUCUCCAAUAGUGAAACAGAUAAGAUCUUGCAGGAAGCCAGAUGGCGUAUGUCUUGUAGUUGGUUCUUGCUCACGUGGUUUCAGUGAGAACACAUCAAGUGAUAUAAUUUUUAGCAGCUCAUCUGUGAAGAAGGUUCAAGAGACCCCGCUACAAUACUUUUGGGAGGCUUUUCCUGCCGGCACUGGUCCUACAGACCGGACUACUUAUAUGUUCACUUAUGUUGAAGCAAAACCUGGGUCCCCGAAAUUGGAACACCUUUUAGAGGACUAUUGGGAUCUUUUGCCUUCUUAUCAGGGUGUACCUCUUGAGGAAUUGGAAAUACUAAGAGUAAUAUUUGGGAUCUUCCCUACUUAUCGUGACAGCCCUCUGCCUGCAGCUUUUGAUCGCAUCUUACAGGUUGGUGAUGCCAGUGGUAUUCAAUCACCAGUAUCUUUUGGUGGUUUUGGGAGUAUGACUAGACACCUAAACCGGUUGUCAACUGGUAUAUAUGAAGCAGUAAAGGGAAACUUUAUUGAUGCAUAUAGUUUGAGCUUGAUAAACCCUUACAUGCCCAACUUAAGUGCAUCAUGGUUAUUUCAACGAGCAAUGUCAGCAAGGGUGCAUACUGAAGUUUCAUCAACUUUUAUUAAUGAACUUUUAUAUUUCAAUUUCCAAGCUAUGCAGAAGCUUGGGAAUACUGUGAUUAGGCCUUUCCUACAGGAUGUGAUACAAUUUGAACCCCUUGUAAGGACCUUGGUUUCUGUGAUGAUAAACCAACCUCAGAUCUUGCCAUCAAUAUUUAAGCAGGUCGGAUUACAUGUGAUACUUGACUGGUCCGUCCAUUUUGUUAUGCUCGGCUACUACACAUUUCUUUCAAGCUACAUCGAUCCUGCUGUAAGGCCAUGGAUUAAUUACCUUCCUGAAAGGAAGAAAUACGAAUGGACUCGACAUCUAGAAGCGUGGAAAUAUGGAUCUGGUUUAGACUACAAACAGGUGGAGUAAAUGGCUCCCUAAUUUUUCUUUCUUGUGAUUAUAGUGGUCAAUUUCUUGCCCAUUGUUUAAGAUGUGUCUCAACUGAUAUAUUGUGCGGUGUCACAACCCAUCUGUUUCAUAUAUCAGUGAGUCUUGGCAUCUCACAUUGAUAAGAAUCAAGAGGAUUGGGCUCAUCUGUUGAGGUCAACAACAAAUCUCGUGUUAAGGCUUUAUCUCAACCAUUUGGAUGAUUUGGUGGACUUGCACACAAUUUCGUUCUCUGCCUGCUUUCCUCAGCACCCAACAACAUUACGAAGCUAUUGAGUCUUGAGUAGUCAGCACCAGAAACAAGCUUUGAAGCUUAAGCAGAAGCUAUCUGGCCUUUUGGUUUCAGUAAAAUUAUUGACCCGUAGCAAGUAGCUAUCUUUUUGGAGAAAAAAAAAGAAUGGACAAGUCAAAGUGUGCAAGAGAAAACAAUUUGAUUGAUAUACCUAUUGAGCAGCAAUUUGAUUGCUUUGACCAUUUUGAUCGUUUUAACCAUAUAGUAAAAAGACUAUGUAGCAAUUUAUGAUUGCUAAUGAUAUGGUUAAUUAGGUUGGCUUC